AUGGCACACAAAUACUGUUUUGAAGCGCAUGAUAGAAGCCUAAGGGAUAUUAUGAGAUCUUCCGAUAGGUUUGGAAAAUCUUUUGGAGGUUUGGUGGUUGUUUUAGGAGGCGACUUUCGACAGAUACUCCCAAUGAUCCCUAAGGGAAGUCGGCAUGACAUCUCAAAUACUUCUGGUUCGGAUGUAGAAGAAACCAAAGAAUUUGCAGAAUGGAUACUUAAAAUAGGUGAUGGUACAGCCGGACAAAGUCUUAGUAAUGGAGAAUCUAUUGUGGCAUUAUCAGAAGGUAUUCUUAUACGCGAUGCAACAAAUCCUAUUGCAGCUAUAGUGGAAAACACAUACCAUGAUGUGAUGAAUAAUGCAUUUGAUCCAGAAAUGUUUAAGAAUAGAGCUAUCUUGGCCCCCACCAAUGAGAUGGUUGAUACGAUCAAUGAUUACGUCAUGUCUUUAAUGUCUACCAAGGAAAAGGUUUACCUAAGUUCAGAUAGCAUUUGCAAAGAAGAUGGACAAGUGGACCUCGAUGAACAUGUAUUCUUUGUUGAAUAUCUCAACACAAUCAAGUGUUCAGGAUUGUCGAGUCAUGAAAUUAAAUUGAAAGAGGGAUGCAUAAUCAUGCUUCUCAGAAAUAUUGAUCCAUCUAAUGAGCUUUGCAGUGGGACUAGCUGA